AUGACCGUCAAACCGAGUCUCAUUUUUGCCCCGGGUGCCUGGUACCCUCCCACGGCUUUCAACCCCAUUAUCGAGAAGCUGAAUGCCCACGGCUACACCAGCCACACGGUCGCCUUCCCCUCUAUCCAGCAGACACCUGCGGUGGAGGACCUCCAGCCGGACAUUGAGACCGUCCGAUCCCUCGUCGAGGCGGAGGCCAAUGACGGCAAGGAUGUGGUUGUCGUCUCGCACAGCUGGUCGGGGUUGCCCGUGAACAGCGCCCUCGACGGCCUCAGCAAGUCCGACCGCGAGAAAGAGGGCAAGAAAGGAGGCGUGGUCAAAUUGGUGUUUAUCUCAGCCUUUAUUCCAGAUGUGGGACAGAGCCUGAUCGGUGCUUUCGGAGGCACCCCGCCGGAUUGGUAUAUUCGUGACAAGGAAAACCGAACUGUCUCUGCCAGCGACCCCUUCACUCUCUUCUUUCACGACGUUCCCGACGGUCAGGAAUGGGCUAAGACUCUUCGGCCGCAUGCCUGGGCGACGAAGAAUUCGCCUGCUACCAGCGCCGCGUAUCUUCAGAUUCCUGCGUCUUAUUUACUGUGCGAAGAGGAUAGGGCAAUCCCCUUGUUUGUCCAGGAGUUGAUGGUGGAAAGCGCGCGUAACAAGGGAGCUCGGAUUGAGACAGAGAAGGUCAAGACUGCUCAUACGCCCUGGCUGGUUGUUCCUGACGUGGUUGUGGACUAUGUGAGGAGACAGGCUGGGGAGAAACUCUAG